UUCAGCAAAGAAUCAAAGGUAGAUCCUCUCGUUACUAAGUUAGACUGUCCUUUUGCUUGAACCAUGACAAAUGACACCACAUUAUCUAGCUAUAGGCAGAUAUAGCUAGAUACCAGAUAAGAGGAGUUUAACUUGGUUGAAAGUUUGUAUUUGUAAGGGAUUGCGGACUAUGAAUUUUGAGCCGUCCCUUGUUGCCUUUGAGAGACGUAAAAGGAUAGGGGAAGGUGGGGCUCACCAAUUACAGCCAAGCAUGCUAGAGGAGAUUUGGGUCUAUCUUGGAUUAGAUAUCUUAGUUGUGGGUGUCGGUUAUUGCUUGCUGCUGUUGCUCAUCCCUUCUUCCUGCUGGAUAACGUCAUAACACAACUUCAUGAUUCUUGUGGGGUUGUGUGACUUAGCCAGAUUGGCUGACUGCCAUUAAUACCCCACCAUCCCACAUGCACUUUCCCUAGCUAUAUGCCUUUAACUCACCCAUCUCUUUUACUUUUCUCUAUUUAUAACCAUCUCCAUGGCACUGGAUAGAAGGAGAAGGAAGAGAGGUUUCAAUAUUUAGAAACCAAAGAUUUCCUUUCUUGGUUUAUUGCAACAAAAAAAAAAAAAAAACACUCAAAAACUCUCUUCCCAAGUUCUAGUUAAACUAGUUUGAGAAGACAUGGAAGUGGCAGUAGAGUUAGAAGAUGAUCUGUUUUUUGCAGACUUAAGCAAGCAAAUCUCUCUGCUAAUCAUGGAUGAUGAUGAUGAGGACCCAGUUGCUAGAUGUCCUUCAGUUUCUUUCCAGUUUCAGACAUUCUCUGGAGCAAAUUAUCCAAUAGGACAAUCUCCAUACCCUCAGGAGCAAAUCUGCAGAAGAGAAAGCAGCAAAGGCACAGGAGUUUUUAUCCCGAGAUCAUCACAGCCAAGAAGGAAGCAUAGGCAAGGAAGAUACAGUUCAUUCAGCACAAAGUCUAACAGGCAGCAUGAUAGCAGUACAAAAAUGGUUUCUCAAGCAUCUUACAAUAAUUCCUUUUACCCAAGGAAAGGCUAAGGAUAAUACACAUCCUUAUCAAGUGUAGAAUUUUAUAAUUUUAUAAUUAUAUAUAUAUCAUGGAUGAUAAUAUGUACAUUAAAAAUAAUUGAAGAGGUUCACAAAAGGGUCUGCCUCCCUAAAUCAUGGAAAAGUAUGGUGAUUGUUAAAUAAUAAGUGUGAUAUAGGAAAAACAUGUACUUGUUCACAGUGUAAUUGAAUUUAUAUAUUAAUUUAUUAAUAUUAGGCUUUUUUUUAUUUUCUUUUCUACUUGUAAUUUUAUUUGGCUAAGGCAAUAUUGCAUAU